UCAGGGACCGGGGAGAGGGGGAGGACGAAGCGGUGACGCCGACGGGGGCCAAGCCGACCCCGCAGGCGGGGGAACCCGGCCGGGGGUUGGGCGCCGGGGCCCGGGAAGCGGCGCCGCGGGAAUUGGGCUCGGGCCCCGCCCGGCCGCCGCCCGUUGCCAUGGAAACUGCAUCCACAGGUGUGGCAGACGUCUCCAGUGCCAGGGACCACACCUUUUCGACGACAUCAAAAGAUGGGGAAGGAGCGUGUUAUACAUCUCUGAUUUCUGACGUCUGUUACCCACCUCAGGAAGAUUCCACAUACUUCACUGGGAUUCUUCAGAAGGAAAAUGGCCAUGCUCCCACUUCAGAGAGCCCUGAGGAGUCGGGUGGCCCCGGCCACUCCUUACCAGAUGUGCCUGGGAUAGAGCCUCGCGGCUUAUUUAGUUCUGAUUCUGGAAUAGAGAUGACUCCUGCAGAGUCCAGUGACGUGAACAAGAUCUUAGCAGACCCGCUGGGCCAGAUGAAAGCUGAAGCUUAUAAAUACAUUGACAUCACCAGGGCAGAGGAGCAACGUCACCCUGAAUUGGAAGAUAAGGACUUGAACUUGAAGAAUAAAGACACUGAAAUCUCAACAAAACCUGACAGGGUCCGUGAACCUGACAAACCAACUCCUGUGGAGGGAAAAAUCAUCAAGGACCAUUUAUUUGAAGAAUCUACCUUUGCUCCUUACAUAGACGAUCUCUCUGAAGAACAGUGCAGUGCUCAUGUGAUCACUGCCCCUGUCAAAAUCACUCUGACAGAGAUAGAACCUUCUGUUGAAACUGCAACCCAGGAGAAGACCCCUGAGAAACAAGAAACCUGUCUGAAGCCAAGUCCUGACACAGUGCCCACUGUCACCGUCUCAGAGCCUGAAGAUGACAGCCCAGGAUCUGUCACCCCUCCAUCUUCUGGAACAGAGCCAUCUGCUGCGGAGUCCCAGGGGAAAGGCAGCAUCUCGGAGGACGAGCUCAUCACCGCCAUUAAAGAGUCCAAGGGGCUGUCCUUCGACUCUGCCGACAGCCCGCGGCCGGCCGGCCAGGUGGCCGACAGGCCCGCAGUCAAGGCCAGGUCUGGGCGGCCGACCAUCCCCAGCCCCCUGGACCAGGAGGCGAGCAGCGCGGAAUCGGGCGACUCUGAGAUCGAGCUGGUGUCCGAGGACCCGAUGGCCGCCGAGGACGCGCUCCCCUCGGGCUACGUGACCUUCGGCCACGUGGGCGGCCCGCCGCCGUCGCCCGCCUCGCCGUCCAUCCAGUACAGCAUCCUGCGGGAGGAGCGCGAAGCCGAGCUGGACAGCGAGCUCAUCAUCGAGUCGUGCGACGCGUCCUCAGCCUCGGAGGAGAGCCCCAAGCGUGAGCAGGACUCGCCGCCGAUGAAGCCGGGCGCCCUGGACGCCAUCCGGGAGGAGCCCGGCGCGCGGGCCGAGGAGGGCGCGCCCGGUCCCCUCCCUGCGUUCGUGCCGGCCGCCCCCCAGGCCCGCCCAGAGCUGCUCUCCGGAGACGGAGCCCCGGCACCCGAGGGGCCCACGUCCCCGCGGACACCUGCGGAUGCGGCAGGUUCCAACCAGAGCCCUGAGAGCCCCGGACCACGAGGUCCCCAUGCCGCGCCUCCUCUGCUGUUUUUCAACAAGCAAAAAGCUAUUGACCUGCUGUACUGGCGGGACAUCAAGCAGACGGGCAUUGUGUUCGGGAGCUUCCUGCUGCUACUCUUCUCGCUGACACAGUUCAGCGUGGUGAGCGUCGUGGCCUACCUGGCCCUGGCUGCCCUCUCAGCCACCAUCAGCUUCCGCAUCUACAAGUCUGUUCUACAAGCUGUGCAGAAAACUGACGAGGGCCAUCCUUUCAAGGCCUACCUGGAGCUCGAGAUCGCCCUGUCCCAGGACCAGGUCCAGCGGUACACGGACUGCCUGCAGCUCUACGUGAACAGCGCUCUCAAAGAGCUGCGGAGGCUCUUCCUGGUCCAGGACCUGGUGGACUCCUUAAAAUUUGCAGUCCUCAUGUGGCUCCUGACCUACGUCGGCGCUCUCUUCAACGGCCUGACCCUGCUGCUCAUGGCUGUGGUUUCGAUGUUCACUUUACCUGCAGUGUACGUCAAGCACCAGGCACAGAUUGACCAAUAUCUGGGACUUGUGAGGACUCACAUAAAUGCUGUUGUGGCAAAGAUUCAGGCUAAAAUCCCAGGAGCUAAAAGGCACGCUGAGUAGACGGAUGUCCCACCAGGGACUGGAAACAAACAGGAAUGUCUUGAGUGGUAACAGCUCUUCCUACUCGUUACUGCAAAUUGAUUGUCCCCCCACCCCCAUAAUCUUAGAGACAAAUUUUCAAACAGCUGUUUUUAGGCUGUUCCUGUACUCUUAGGAUAUUUGAGUCACUUGUGUCAAGCACUAAAGUAUAGAGAAAAGUGUAUUAAAUGUGGUUUUUAAUUUUGUGUCGCUACAAAAAGUGCAUGAUGGUGAGAGCCCACGUUACCUCUCCUCCCCUGGUGUCCUCCUCUGCAAUGCUUCUGUAGCUUCUAAUGCUCCCCGUGGCUAGGCCUUUCCCGCCGAGUGCACUGACGCAGUAGUGGAACUUGCUUAUAUGUCCUUGGGUUGCUGGUUGUAUUAAUCUUUAAUAACAAUAUGUAGAAUUGUAGACUGAUGUUUUAGCAUUUUUCCAACACACACAACGUAAAAAUAAAAACAGUCGACUGUACUUAUGGUAAUCAGUUUUGUAUAACUUAAAAUAAUUAAAUAAACAAAUAAACCCCAAAUAGACAUGCAGUACUUUUGUUGUAUGGGAAUGGUGGGCUGAUUUACAUGUGUGGUAACUAAAAAGUACCAGCAUGUUAACUUUAUUACAAUUUGUAUUAGUUUCUCUGUAGUUCCUAAUGGACUCAAUUAUGGACUCUGGAUAUUUGCACUUAUGUACUUGAUACUGAAUGCAUAAAUAAAUGUCACUAAAUGUAGAAAGUU